AGGGCGCUGUGGCCGGCGGCAGCGGCUCCCAGCCCGCCCCCUGCCCUCCGCGCCUCCGAGGCUUGCACGCCCCCUGCUCCCCACCGCGGCCGGCCGGGAGCUUUCCCCCUCCUCGCCGCUCGCAGGGCUUUGUUCGGCUCCGCGGGACACUCCAGACCCCCGCACAGGGCACGGCAGGGCUCGGGCCGGCUGCCCCGUUACCCCCCUCCCCAAGGCGAAACCCAUGUCCUCUGCUCCCAUCCGCUCGCCGACGCUGCGGCCCCACAGGAUGAAAAAAGAUGAGUCGUUCCUGGGCAAGCUCGGUGGCACCCUGGCGAGGAAGAAGAAAGCCAAGGAGGUGAAUGACCUGCAAGAAGAAGGUAAAAAUGCUAUAAAUGCUCCAAUGAACCCAAGCACUGUGGACAUGCAUCCAGAAGAUACUUUCUUAGAGGAGAAUGAGGAGCGCACUAUGAUUGAUCCUAACUCCAAAGAAGACCCCAAGUUCAAAGAACUGAUCAAGGUUCUAAUUGACUGGAUUAAUGAUGUGCUGGUGGAGGAGAGAAUCAUUGUCAAACAGCUUGAAGAGGACCUUUAUGAUGGGCAGGUGCUGCAGAAGCUGCUAGAAAAAUUGGCUGACCGUAAACUGAAUGUAGCAGAAGUGACGCAAUCUGAAAUUGGUCAGAAACAAAAGUUGCAGACUGUUCUGGAAGCUGUCCAUGAUUUACUUCGACCCCAUGGCUGGACAGUCAAGUGGAACGUUGACUCAAUACAUGGCAAGAAUCUGAUUUCCAUUCUUCACCUUCUGGUAGCUUUGGCAAUGCAUUUCCGGGCUCCCACUCGACUGCCUGAACAUGUGUCUGUACAAGUGGUGGUUGUACGGAAACGCGAAGGCCUUCUUCAGACAACUCAUGUUACAGAGGAGCUGACGACUACAACAGAGAUGAUGAUGGGAAGAUUUGAGCGUGAUGCCUUUGAUACACUCUUUGAUCAUGCACCAGACAAACUCAGCGUAGUCAAAAAGUCUCUGAUCACCUUUGUGAACAAACACUUGAAUAAACUGAAUUUGGAAGUAACUGAGUUAGAAACCCAGUUUGCAGAUGGCGUUUAUUUGGUUUUGCUCAUGGGUCUUCUUGAAGACUAUUUUGUUCCACUUCACAACUUCUACUUAACGCCUGAAAGUUUUGAUCAAAAGGUCCACAAUGUUUCCUUUGCUUUCGAGCUGAUGCAAGAUGGAGGACUCAAAAAACCAAAAGCUCGUCCUGAAGAUGUUGUCAAUUUGGAUCUGAAGUCUACCCUCAGAGUUCUAUACAAUCUGUUCACAAAAUACAAGAAUGUGGAAUGAUCCUGGAAUCUGCUGAGGUCUUCAUCAUACCAGCCUCCUUAGGCAAAAAAUACAAUAAAAAUACCCUCUGCACACUC